GCACUCCCAGAUCGUGGUCCUGCGGGGAUAGAAGGAAUCACACACCCCACCAACUCGCCGGCAGAGGCGGGGAUUCAAACAGAGCAUAGCAGCUGAAAGCAGCUGAACCCAGAGAUUUUUAUUUUUCUUCCCGAGAUUGUUGGUGUUGGAGAAAACGCGUUAAUCGCAUAUGUCUGCAUGUGUGCGUGUGUUGGGGUGCGUGCGUGUGCGAGAAAGAGCGUGUGCUGGUGUCUGUGUGUGCGUGUGAUUCCCCUCCUCAGCGCACAGGCGCCCUGUACUCCAGUCUGCUGACACACCGAGAGGACAGUCCGCUCUGCACCUCCGAGUCACCGGACUAUAUGUGGAUACAAAGGCCGAUAAACGCAGAUCCAGGGGAAUAGUUCAGUGAGAACAGCAGCCCGAGACCUCUUUCAUGAAAACGGAUCAGAACUGAAAGACAUCGGCGAGCCAGAGAACGAGUCGUGGCCUUCGCUCGCCCACGUGACCAGCGAAUGAGCCUUGUUCAUGCGUCUCCCUGCGUGCCACUCCCACAUCGUCAUGAACUGUGAGCAGGACUUCGGAGACGGGGGCUUGGGAGUGACCCUCACACUACGACUGCUCAUGCACGGAAAGGAAGUAGGCAGCAUCAUAGGAAAGAAAGGAGAGACCGUGAAGCGAAUACGAGAGGAGAGCUGUGCGCGUGUCAACAUCUCAGAGGGUUCCUGUCCGGAGAGGAUCAUCACCAUCACCGGCUCCACGGAGAGCGUUUUCAGAGCUUUCACCAUGAUCACGUACAAACUGGAGGAGGACCUGAAUGCACUGGUGGCCAAUGGCACCAUAAGCUCCAAGCCACCAGUCACUCUUCGGUUGGUCAUCCCUGCCAGCCAGUGCGGCUCACUCAUUGGGAAGGGAGGCGCAAAGAUAAAGGAGAUCAGAGAGAGCACAGGCGCUCAGAUACAGGUGGCAGGGGAUUUGCUGCCCAACUCUACUGAGCGAGGGGUUACGAUAUCUGGGAAUCAGGACUCAGUAAUCCAGUGCGUCAAGCUCAUCUGCACAGUAAUCCUGGAGUCUCCACCUAAAGGUGCCACCAUCCCCUACCGACCGAGUCCCUCACCAGCUGCUCUCCUUAUUGCAGGGAACCAGGUUUUCGACGCCUCAGAAUUCGCCCCCCACCCUCUCUAUUCAGUCACCCAGGGUGGUCUGGACCUCCAACAGGCCUACACCUUGCAAAAUCAAUAUGGCAUUCCACAUUCAGAGCUGGCCAAGCUGCACCAGCUGUCCAUGCAGCAAGGCCUGAGUCCCAUUGCCCAGCCUGCCUCGACAAUCAUGCCUGGUUUGGACUCAAACUCUCAAACAUCUCAGGAGCUUCUUAUUCCCAAUGAUCUGAUUGGCUCAAUCAUCGGCCGUCAAGGAACCAAAAUCAACGAGAUCCGGCAGGUGUCAGGAGCUCAGAUUAAAAUUGGCAGCCAGCUGGAUGGAACAAGCGACCGCCAUGUCACCAUCACAGGAACACCAGUCAGCAUCAACCUGGCCCAGUACCUCAUUACCUCCUGCUUAGAGACAGCGAAAUCCACAGCCCAAGCAGCCACCAUGGCCUCUCCAGUUGACCUCAACAUGGCCUUCACCCAGCCCACCUCCCCCACCGCCUCUCCUGCACCCACUCUGGCCGCUGUCAGCACGCUGACCCCCACUCACAUGCUUGGCACCCCAUACGGUGCCGUGCCGCUCUCUGGCCUCCUGGGGAUGAAAUCCGUCCCCUUUCUGACUCUGUCUGGCCCCGCCCCCACUGUGGCCGCCACCGCGGCACCCACUCACACCACCCUUGCCGCCUACACCGCCAAGAUCUCCUCAGCAAACUGCAUCAAAAAGCCAGAGAGACAGAAGUUUGCUCCUUACUGACAAGAGUCGGCUGAAAGACAGCUGCAGUGCUCCUCCACAGAAAAAACGCCUGAUGUAGCCAUAUCCACCUGAAGAGAUCCUCCGGAUUUUAACUCCAUGAUGCAGCAAUGGAGAGCAUUGGAGGAUGCCAUUAAAGGUUUAUUUACAAUUAUAAUUUGUCAUUUUUCCGUGAAUUUAUGGACUGGUUUCAUCAUUGCCUCAUUAGUGUUAUUGAUCAUUUUGGGGAAAAGAAAAAAAAAAAAAAACUCACCACAAGGACACGUGUUUAAAAGGUUUACAUGUGCACCUCAAGUAAAAAAUAUCAGCAAAGUAUUUAUCCUUCAAUAAAUUUGUAAAUUGUAAUCAGAAUCAAAUUACUGUCUACUGUUUGAUGCUUUUAUACAAUGUCUGUUUGCCUCCAGAGGUUUUUAAAAAAAAUUGUAAAUGUCCCAGGGUGUCUUUUUUUAUAUAUAUAAUUUCUGCUCUGGUACUGUACUUUACUUCGGUGUUAUGUCUGUUUUGUUGGAUUUCACUUUGAACGUAAAACUUGGCUAAUCUUUAUUUAUUAGUAUUGUUUCAUUUAUUAAAAGUCUUUUUUUUCUGAUA